AAUUAUUUUUACUUAAUAGUUUUUAUUAUUUUUACGUAUUAUUCUGUGAUUUAUAUUUUCUGAGAUAUAUUAGUUUACAUACGAUUUUAAAAGGUUAAGGAUCAGUCUUUUUCAAAAUAACUCAAUAUGAUUGAAAUCACUUGUAAUGAUAGAUUGGGAAAAAAAGUCAGAGUGAAAUGUAAUCCUGAAGAUACAAUCGGUGAUUUAAAAAAAUUAAUCGCCGCUCAAACUGGAACKAAAUGGGAAAAGAUAAUUUUGAAGAAAUGGUACACAAUUUUCAAAGACCAUAUUAGAUUGGGAGAUUACGAAAUUCAUGAUGGCAUGAACAUUGAACUUUACUAUCAAURAAUAUAAUAGAAAAUAGAAACAUACUGUAUAUUUUUUUUUUAAUGCAUAAUAAAAUUAACUAAUAAAGAUAAUAAAUA